CGCCGCGUCUAUUCACCGCAGAAACUUCGACGCGCCCGAAAGCAUGGCCGACGAAACGGUGCAGCCUCUUCUCCAGUUCGAGGGCCAUCGGCACCUCACAACGCGCCUGCUUCUUUCUACACUCACCGGUCGCCCAAUUCGCAUAUCUAAAAUCAGACCCUCGUCAACGCGCCCAGGUCUCACGCCGUACGAAACGAACUUCAUCCGCCUCCUCGACUCGGUCACGAAUGGCGCGCAGAUUCAGUUCUCCAUGACCGGUACCACACUCGUAUACCGACCCGGGCUCAUAACGGGCAGCGCGGAAGGCCUCGGAGCCAUGGGCGGAGUGAUCAGGCACGAAAUACCACGGGAGUGCAGCCGGCGAGGCGCAAGUUGGUGGUUGAUACCGCUCGCACUCCUCGCACCUUUCGCAAAAGACAAACUGAAUGUGGUUCUACACGGCGAAGGCUGCAUAACGAGCAGCACCCCGGCCGGCGACAUCAGCGUGGACUCUGUCCGGACUGCCAUUCUCCCGCUGUACAAGAGCUUCGGCAUCGAGCGUAACAUCGAGCUGCGAGUUCUCAAGCGGAGCUGCGUGCCCGCGCAGGGCAAGAGCGCGGGCGGCGAGGUGCAGCUUGUGUUUGGGCACCAGGUGCGGUUACCCAAGACGCUGCAUGUCAUGAACAAGGGGCGUGUGAAGAAGAUACGCGGCGUGGCGUAUGCGGUCGGGGUCAGUGGAUCGAACAACGCGCGCAUGAUUGAGACGGCGAGGGGGGUUUUGAACAAAUUCGUACCGGAUACGUAUAUCUUCUCGGAUGUUUCGAAGGCGCCGCUCAUAUCUGGCAUGGGCUCGAAAUCGGAUCCGAACGGCAAGACAAAGGGCGCUGUGGGUUUCGGAUUGAGUCUUGUAGCGGAGAGCUCCACGGACUGCAUUUACUCGGCGGAUGUAGCCAGCCCGCCGCAGGGAGGCGUGACGCCCGAGGACCUGGGCAAGCAGUGCGCAUAUCAGCUCUUGGAGAAGAUCAGCGCAGGGGGUUGCGUGGAGGUCACGAGCGCGACGACAGUGCUGUUGCUCAUGGCGAUGGGGAGUGAGGAUGUGGGCAGGGUGUGCUUGGGCCGGGAUGUCCUGGGUACUGAGGAAGUCGUGCAACUGGGGCGGGACGUCAAGGUUUUUACUGGGGCGGCGUGGGGAUUCAGGAGUAAGGGAACCGCAGAUGCAGAGGAUGAGAUUGUGGUCAGUGUUGUUGGGCGGGGCGUGGGCAAUGUGGGGAGGAAGGUUGCUUAA